AUGUCGGUCCGACCUAAUCCUGAUAUCACUGUUCCUGAUGGUUCUGCCAAGCGUGGUGCUAAGAUAUUCAAGGCUAAGUGUGCUCAAUGCCAUACCUGUGAAGAAGGAGGUGCUGGGAAACAGGGUCCACCAUUACAUGGUCUAUUUGGACGUGAGGCUGGUAGGGUACCUAACUUUGAUUAUUCUGCUUCUAAUAAGAAUUCUGGCAUCACUUGGUCCCCUGAACAUCUAUUCCUAUACCUGGUCAAUCCCAAGAAGUAUAUACCCGGGACUAGGAUGGUGUUUGCUGGUAUGAAGAAAGAGAAGGAGAGGGCCGACCUGAUCGCAUUCGUCAAGAAUCAACAGGGUUUAUAA